UAUUACCCGAGAUGCUUUGCGAGAAAUGUAGUUCGCCAACAAAAUGGCAUCUCCCCUUGAGCAGUUUGUGAAUUCUGUAAGCACGUUGUCGGCACAAGGUAGCUUUGCACAACUAUGUGAUGAAAUAAGGAGAAGCACUGACUUACUGGCAAAGAAUGCACCUAAUUUGGAUACACUGCUUGGUACAUUAGAUCCACAAUUACAUUCAUUGGGAGUUCUUGCUGUAUUGAAUGUCAAGUUCACUUUACCAGCAAGUUCAGUUCCAGACUUUGAAACCUUAUUCUCACAAGUUCAGCUUUUUUUUGCAACUUGUAAUGGAGAGCAUGUUCGUUAUGCCACAGAAAGUUAUGCUAACCUGGCUCAUCAUUUAACUAGAGUGUUGGUUGAGAAAAAGCAACCAUUGAGAGGUAUUGAUAUAAUUGCUAAAGCUAUAACUAAAAUACAGAUUCACCCAGCACAGCUGACUUCAUUACAUGCUGAUAUCUGUCAGUUGUGUCUUUUAUCAAAAUGUUUCAAACCUGCUCUGCCAUUCCUGGAUGUUGAUAUCACCGAAAUUAGUAAAGAGGGUGGUUUGUACGAUGCCACUCAUUUUCUGUGUUAUUACUACUAUGGAGGAAUGAUAUACACAGCAUUAAAACAAUGGAAUAAAGCUAUUUAUUAUUAUGAAAUAGCCAUUACAACACCUAGUAUGGCAGUCAGUCACAUCAUGUUAGAAGCAUACAAGAAGUUUAUUUUAGUUUCUCUUAUUCUGCAUGGGAAAAUCUUGAACCUUCCUAAGUAUACCUCUCAAGUUGUCACCAGAUUUAUAAAGCCUUUAAGUCAGUCUUACCACGAGUUAGCCUCAGUGUACACAUCAAACAAUCCAAGCGAGUUGAGAAAUGUGGUGGUCAAGCACAACGAUCAGUUAACAAGGGAUCAGAACAUGGGACUUGUAAAGCAGUGUAUUUCAUCACUGUAUAAAAAGAACAUUCAAAGACUCACUCAG